AUGGGGCCUCUGGUAGUUCAUUUGCUUUUACAAGGUGUUCUGCUGAAUGAUGCUUUGGCAUGGUAUGUGAGAAUGCCAAAGGAAAUUCACGGCCUCAAAGGUUCCUGUCUGGUUAUACCAUGUUCUUUCUACUACACAUCAUACCCACCCAAAAACCCACGUAGAGUUGUGUGGUAUCAGUGGGUCUCUAGAGGUUAUCCUUUAGUUUACGAUCCAUGGUAUCCAAAUAAAGUCAUUUGGAAGUUCAGAAGGCAAACACGUUUAUAUGGUAAUCCUUCAAAUUGGGAUUGUAGUCUGCUGAUUACGGGACUGGAACUGUCCCAUCAUGGACAGAAAUUAUACACAUGGAUUGACCCUGAAAAUGUUGGAAAGAGCACCUACAAAUUUUAUGAUGUUACCUCUACAAUUCUUAUCGAUGCAAGUCCACAGCAGCCCAGCAUCAGUAUUUAUGGAGGUAAAAGGACGGGUGAUGCCAUCACAGUAGAAUGUUCAACUUUCCACACGUGUCCAUACAGCAAACCAACCAUCACUCUCAACGGUAUAGAAGGAAAUUACCAAAUCAGGGAUGAAUCUAUUAAAAACGGCCUGUGGAAAACCACUCUAACACGCACAGGUGUCGUAAAGGCAGAGCGCUUGAAAAUUGAGUGUUCAGUAACACAUUUUGGUGGCAUAAAAGCGACAGCUACUCAAGAGAAAAGUGCACAAUGUGUUCAUCAUAAAAUAACGAUUGAGCCUGAACUGGCAGAUGUCACAGUUGGCAUCGCAAAGACCUUCAUUUGUAGCGUCUACCAUUCCUGUAAGAACAAUAAUCCAACCAUCACAUGGAACUAUGAGAACAUGCAGGUCACAGAGAGGAGAAAAACACUUUCAGGUUUAAAUCAGAUCAGCUAUUCCAGCAUAACCUUUCUGGCUGCAAAAGAAGAUAAUGGGAAGAAAUUGAUUUGCACUGCAAAAUUUUCUGGAGGAGACAUUUCAGCUUCUGUUGUUUUACAUGUACAACGUAUUCUGCUGUAUGAUGCUUUGGGAUGGGAAGUGAGAAUGCCGAAAGACAUUCAUGGCUUCAAAGGUUCCUGUCUGGUUAUACCAUGUUCUUUCAGCUAUAAAUCAAACCCACCCAAAAACCCACGUAGAGUUGUGUGGUAUCAGUGGGUCUCUAAAGGUUAUCCUAAGGUUUACGAUCCUUUGCAUGCAAGCGAUGUCAUUGAGAAAUUCAGAGGAAAAACUGAUUUAUAUGGAAAAUCAGAUUGGGAUUGCAGUCUGCUGAUCAAAAACCUGGAACUGUCCCACAAUGGAGAGAAAUUAUACACAAGGAUUGACCCUGAAAAUAUUGCAUGGCAAAACUAUGAAACUGAUGAUGCUACCGCUACAGUUCUUGUCGAUGCAGCUCCACAGCAGCCCAGCAUCAGUAUUUAUGGAGGUGAAAAAACAGGUGAAACCAUCAUAGUAGCAUGUUCAGCUUUCCACACGUGUCCAUACAGCAAACCAACCAUCACUCUGAACGGUAUAGAAGGAUCUGACGAAAUAAAGGAUGGGUCUGUUAAAGACGGCCUGUGGAAAAUCACUCUGACACGCACAGGUGUUGUAAAGGCAGAAAGCACGACUAUUAAGUGUUCAGUAACACAUUAUGGUGACAUAACAGUGACAGCUACAGAGGUCAAAAUUUCAAGAUGUGUUCAUCAUAACAUAUCGAUUGAGCCUGAACUGGCAGAUGUCACAGAGGGCGUCGCACAGAACUUCACUUGUACCAUUUACCAUUCCUGCCAGAAAGAGAAUCCAGCCAUCACAUGGAACUAUGAGAACAUGCAGGUCUUAGAGUGGAACAAAAAGCAUUCCGAUUUAGAUUACUUUCGGGUUGCAUUUUCCAACAUAACCUUUCUGGGUGCAAAAGAAGACCAUGGGAAGAAACUGAUAUGCACUGCAAAAUUUUCCGGAGGAAACAUUGAAACUUAUGUUGUUUUGCAUGUAAAACAAUAUCAAAAACCAGUGGAUCAAAUCCUGAAUGAAACCUAUUUCCAAUACGUGGCAGAUGUGAUACCCAAGAUCACCGCGUUGCCUCAUUCGUGUGUGGUAAUACCGUGCAGUUUCAAGAUGGAGGAGGAAUAUGUCACUCAACUUCGAGUUCUUUGGGUCGCCAAAAAAGGUGGCUUCAUGUUCCACACCGACCCAGUCGAUGUCUUGGACAACUUCAAAGGCCGCACAAGGCUCCUCGGAAACCCGGAUGAGCAGAACUGUACUGUGGAGAUGGAUAAUGUGCAAACUCAUGACAACGGGCCGUUCUGCUUCCGAGCAGAGAGAGAAAAUGAGAGAUACAGCUUCAACAACAGCUGUGUGUUCAUUAUCAUGAGGGCACCCAACGAACCUGUGAUGUCAUCCCUGCCUGAAGACAUCGAGCCCGGGACACGAGUCGCCGUCAAAUGCUCAGUCAACCACACAUGCUCCUCUCACCCUCCCCAAAUCACCUGGAGCGUCCCAACAGCCCGAGAAACUAUCAGCCACAGUCACAUGGGUGGAGGCGUCUGGGAAACAGUGUCCGCUGUGACCUUUAUUCCUACUGGAUAUGAAGAGAAAGAUGAAAUUGUCUGCACUGCCAAAUUUUGGGGUGGUAAAACACAGGAAAAUACUGCCUUCCUCAGUAUUAGAAGAAUUCAAGGGCUUAAUUUGGAGACUGUCGGGCUUUAUGCCAUAGCUCCCUCACUUGUGUUCAUCCUCAUUUGUGUGCUUGCUGGAGUCUUCAUAUGCAAGAGACGGCACAGCAAACCAACCAUCACUCUGAACGGUAUAGAAGGAAAUGACCAAAUCAGGGAUGAGUCUAUUAAAGAUGGCCUGUUGAAAAUCACUCUGACACGCACAGGUGUUAUAAAGGCAGAAAGCACGACUAUUAAGUGUUCAGUAACACAUCAUGGUGGCAUAAAAGCGACAGCUACAGAGGUCAAAAGGUCAAAAUGUGUUCAUCAUAAAAUAACGAUUGAGCCUGAACUGGCAGAUGCCACUGAGGGCGUCGCAAAGAACUUCAUUUGUAGCGUCUACCAUUCCUGCCAGAAAGAGCAUCCAACCAUCACAUGGAACUAUGAGAACAUGCAGGUCACAGAGAGGAGAAAAAUACUUUCAGGUUUAAAUCAGAUCAGCUAUUCCAGCAUAACCUUUCUGGGUGCGAAAGAAGAUCAUGGGAAGAAAUUGAUUUGCACGGCAAAAUUUUCUGGAGGAGACAUUUCAGCUUCUGUUGUUUUACAUGUACAGCAGUACCAGAAACCAGUCCAGAUCCUGAAUGAAACUCAUUUCCAAUACAUGGCAGACGUGAUACCCAAGAUCACCGCGUUGCCUCGUUCGUGUGUGGUAAUACCGUGCAGUUUCAAGAUGGAAGAGGAAUAUGUCACUCGACUUCGGGUUCUUUGGGUCACUGAAGGAGGUGGCUACAUGUCCCACACUGACCCAGACAAUGUCUUGGACAACUUCAAAGGCCGCACAAGACUCCUCGGAAACCCGGAUGAGCAGAACUGUACUGUGGAGAUGGAUAAUGUGCAAGCUCAUGACAACGGGCCGUUCUGCUUCCGAGCAGAAAAAGGAAAUGAGAAAUACAGCUUCAAAAACAGCUGUGUGUUCAUUAUAAUGCGGGCACCCGUCAAACCUGUGAUGUCAUCCCUCCCUGAAGACAUCGAGCCCGGGACACGAGUCGCUGUCAAAUGCUCAGUCAACCACACAUGCUCCUCUCACCCUCCCCAAAUCACCUGGAGCAUCCCAACAGCCCGAGAAACUAUCAGCCACAGUCACAUGGGUGGAGGCGUCUGGGAAACAGUGUCCGCUGUGACCUUUAUUCCUACUGGAUAUGAAGAGAAAGAUGAAAUUGUCUGCACUGCCAAAUUUUGGGGUGGUAAAACACUGGAAAACACUGCCUUCCUGAGUAUUAGCAGAGUUCAGGGGCUUAGAUUGGAGACUCUUGGGUCUAAUAUCAUUGCUCCCUCACUUGUGUUCAUUCUCAUUUGUGUACUUGCUGGAGUCUUCAUUUAUAAAAUGCGACACAGCAAACCAACCAUCACUCUGAACGGUAUAGAAGGAUCUGACAAAAUAGUCAAUGACUCCAUUAAAGAUGGCCCGUGGAAAAUCACUCUGACACGCACAGGUGUUGUAAAGGCAGAAAACUCAACUAUUAAGUGUUCAGUAACACAUUAUGGUGGCAUAACAGUGACAGAUACAAAAAACACAAGUGCACAAUGUGCUCAUCAUAAAAUAACGAUUGAGCCUGAACUGGCAGAUGUCACAGAGGGCGUCGCAAAGAACUUCAUUUGUAGCGUCUACCAUUCCUGCCAGAAAGAUAAUCCAACCAUCACAUGGAACUAUGAGAACAUGCAGGUCACAGAGAGGAGCAAAACACUUUCAGGUUUAACUCGGGUCACCUACUCCAACAUAACCUUUCUGGGUGUAAAAGAAGACCAUGAAAAGAAAUUGAUUUGCAUUGCAAAUUUUUCUGGAGGAAACAUUACAACCUCUGUUGUUUUACGUGUAAAAUGUGUUCAUCAUAACAUAACGAUUGAGCCUGAACUGGCAGAUGUCACAGAGGGCGUCGCAAAGAACUUCAUUUGUAGUGUCUACCAUUCCUGCCAGAAAGAUAAUCCAAACAUCACAUGGAACUAUGAGAACAUGCAGGUCACAGAGUGGAGCAAAACACUUUCUGCAGACCCAGUGCUCAGUGGACUGGAGACUAUUGGUCUUUAUAUCCUAACGCCAUCACUUGUGUUCUUUCUGGUUUGUAUACUUGCUGGAGUCAUCAUAUACAAGAAACGACAAAGGUCAAAAGAUGCAAUGUCAGGAAACAAGCCUUUCUCCGAACCUUAUAUGCCGUCACCAAAGAGUGAUCCAAAAUCCUGCUCUGGUUAUGAUUAUGAAGCUGAAUACACCAACAUGGACGAACUCAACAUGUAUGGAAAUAUCUGAUGAAAACAACAUCAAAGCAAA